CAAUCUAAAAAUAAAACAACAAGCCAAUUGAGGUACAUCGAACAAUGAUUCAAAAGUUGAUUAAUUUCGCCAUCCCUUGAAAAUGUAUUAUUUCAUCAUCCCUCGUCAGCAUUUUCGCAGAUUGUGAAAUUAAAAUAUAAAUAACAAGCUUUUUAAAGAAAUCCUAACAAACUGCAACUAGGCAUGUCUGGCGGACCAGCAAUAACGCUCAAAAGCCAACCAAUAGAUGGUAACAAUAGCAAUAGCGGAAAUGCUGCUGCACAGCAGCAACAAUCUGGAAACAAUGCAGCAGCAGCAGCGUCUUCAUCGUCCUCAUCCCAGGCAUCAAGUGGCACUGUGCCACCAGCUCAGGAGGGGACGCGGCAAAGUAGUCUGCAGCGUAUACAGCAGCGCAAGCAAAAGGUAUUCAAUCUGCCCGAAGCGCAGAAACUCGCCAAAUUAUCCAUGUAUUCGGCGUGCCAAUUCGAGGGUUGCCGUUGCACUGGAUGGAAGACUCCCCAGGAGAACAGGCAUCGAGACGUCGAGUCCUCCUAUUGUCCGGAACCGAGUGAAGAGUGUCGUAAUGCCAGCUGUCGUCAUCCGCUCCGUUCUCACAUUUCCCAUCUCACUGAGAUUUCAAGGACAAGCAUGGACGACCUUUUAGGCGCAAUCAUUGACAUGGAAAAUCUGUUCAUGUCCAUGCAACGUGUUGAAGAUGAGGAUACUAAGAAGGUAUAUUUGUAUCUAUUCAGGUUGCUGCGACAAUGUGUGCUAACACGUCAGCAGGCCGUUAUUCGCGGCCCUUUGGGCGACCCUCCAUUCGAGUCACCGUGCAUAACGAAGGCUGUUUUAUCCUUGGUCUUCUACAAGUACAACCACUUGAACCCGACUGAACUGCAGACUAUGACCGAGGUGGCCAAAACCUUUUUAAAUUUUCUCAAUCAUUAUAACUUUGAGUCACCCUCCGCCCGACGCGGCGAUGCAACAUUGACGCACGACGAUGCGUCGACCUACAAGAUCAAUUACACGCGUUGGCUUGUAUUUUGCCAUGUGCCCGCCUUUUGCAAUUCCCUGAGACAAUUUGAGACAUCUCUCGUAUUUGGACGCACUCUACUGCGAACAGUUUUUCAAAAUAUGUCGCAGCAGCUAAAAAAGAAAUGCAUUUCGGAACGUGACCGCUUUCCUGAAGAUAAACGAUCGAUCAUUACGCAAAUGCCAAAGUUUUUGGAGGCACUAAGAGCUGAGUUGCUGAAAGAUGAUUCGCCCAUAUGGGAUUCGACAUAUAGGCCACCGAAUUCAUUUGUCAUGCAACAAAGGAAGCGGCACCAAGAAGUGGCACCACCAGCCACCAUUUCGGCUGCUGGUGCAGCUGCUACCAGUAGUAGCAAACGCUCAACUGUGGGAGAACCUGCUCACAAGAGGGUCAAAAAGGAAGUUGCGGAACGGGUCGUCAGUGAAAACCUGGAUGACCUACCAACUGACGUAGUUAUGCGUGCUAUGAAGUCCGUUUCGGAAUCGAAGACAACAAAUAAAUCAGAAAUCUUAUUUCCCGUUAAUGUGUCGCGCGAUGAGAAUGUCAAAGCCGAAGAGCAAAAGCGAGCAAUUGAGUUUCACGUGGUCGGAAAUUCGCUAACCAAGUCUGUUGACAAGCAGACUAUCCUUUGGCUGCUUGGGCUGCAGCUUGUAUUUGCUUAUCAGCUGCCCGAGAUGCCGCGUGAAUACAUAAGCCAAUUGGUAUUCGACACGAAACACAAAACCUUGGCAUUGAUCAAAGAAAAUCAGCCAAUAGGCGGCAUCUGUUUUCGUCCAUUUCCCACUCAGGGCUUCACAGAGAUUGUCUUCUGUGCAGUGACAAUGGCGGAGCAAGUGAAAGGUUAUGGAACCCAUCUGAUGAAUCACCUAAAGGAUUACAGCAUACAACGUGGCAUUAAACAUCUGCUUACUUUUGCCGAUUGCGAUGCCAUCGGCUAUUUCAAAAAGCAAGGCUUCUCCAAGGACAUUAAAUUGGCACGUCCCGUCUAUGCGGGCUAUAUCAAGGAGUAUGACAGUGCAACAUUAAUGCAUUGUGAACUACAUCCAAGCAUUGUGAACACACAAUUUAUUGCCGUUAUUCGCAAUCAAAGUGAGAUCCUUAAAGAGCUCAUUGCACAGCGACAUAAUGAAGUCCAAAAAGUUAGAACUGGCUUAACGUGCUUCAAAGAGGGAUUGCCAUCUAUACCGGUUGAGUCCAUACCUGGCCUUAGAGAAAUCGGUUGGAAGCCGCAAAUGCGUCCAGUACGUGCGUCUCGUCCACUGGAAGAAUCUACAGAUCCUGAGAAACUUGCAACCCAAUUUGCAUCUGUCUUACAAUCUGUACGUCAGCACACCACAGCUUGGCCCUUCCUUCGACCGGUUACUGCUGCCGAGGUGCCUGAUUACUACGAUCACAUCAAGUACCCCAUGGACCUGAAGACAAUGGGCGAACGCUUGAAGAAGGGAUAUUAUCAAACACGUCGCUUGUUUAUGGCCGAUAUGGCUCGUAUUUUCUCCAAUUGUCGCUUCUACAACUCACCAGAUACCGAGUAUUAUCGUUGUGCCAAUUCUCUGGAACGUUAUUUUCAAACCAAGAUGCGUGAACUGGGAUUGUGGGAUAAAUGAUCUGACGAUCCUACUUCCAUUGCAUGAACUGAAUAAAUUAUUUAUUUCCUAUCAUAUCUAUAAACCAAUAUAUGACAUUAUUUAUAUUUCAGUUUCCACGAAGCUAAACGUUUGCAACUCUAUUCCCAAGUUAUUAAUAAAAUAUUUA